CCAAUGUUUCAUAAUCGAUGCAUGUACCAACGACGUCGCCAAGGGAAACUACAUCGUCGCCGUGAUAGGACAACCCAACAUGCACAUUCAGUCAGGGGAUUCUUUUCGGAUAAAACAUAACGUUACAUGUCAUACUUGUAGACUUUGAUACUCAACGGAGGAGUGACCACAAUCAUGUGGCUGUACGUGUUCUAGAACUGCAUACUAAAAUGCUAUACAUCGUAACUGUUUUUUCGAACAAGAGACAAAGAUACACAGUGACGUAUAUUCUCGAACGCAGUGUUCGGAGACAAACCGACAGUGUCUGCGUCUGGCAACUGUAAACACAAGUUUCACUCAGUUUUGACUAGGAGGAUCGUGACAAUUCGGUUUUGGAAGAUGGGUUUCAUGAACGUGACAAAACAUGGACUCGGUCUUGUUCUGCUGGCGUCGGUUGGCGCCCUGAGUGUCCUCUAUGUGUCAUGGAAAUGCACACAGGGGGAGAAGAAAGACAGGAAGGGGAAAGGGGGCGCCAAGAAGGAGGAAGAGGUAGAUGCGGCGCUCAAGCUGGAUGAUGUUGCCACAGGUGACGCUAUUGCAGCCAAGGUGCAGGACUCUCCUGUUGCCUCAAAUCAGACCUAUGCGACGGAGCCUUUCUGUGGCCCCGCCGCAUUCCUGCGGCGUGUGCAGGAGGAGAGGGAGCGCCUGACGGGGCGCUGUGCGGAUGCUGAGAUGUACCAGCACUGGAACCUGCCCUCCGCUGUUCUGGAGCGUGUGAGGAGUGCGAUUGGCCAGUCCAUCCUCAUCACUACCAACAAGAAGUCCACCAUGGCCACCUUCGAGGAGCUGUGCCGGGUCGCCAUGGCGCCAGGUGGCGACAACCCGUACCGACCAACGAUGAAUGACCUGGCUGCGUACUGGGACCUAGUGGAGAAGCAGGUAAAGAAGAUCGACCUGCUUUUCGACGAGGUGCACGCACUAGUGAAGCAGGAGACCAUGAUCUAGUUCUGACCUCUGUCAAGACAGUUACAAUCGUAUCUGCCGACAUUUCCUUUUAUGUGUUGCAUUAAACUGUACUACAGUUAAGAGUCAUCGUGUUAUACCUGGAAGUUGGGGGUUUCCAUUUGUACAUGGAUUUCUAGGAACGUCAUAUCUUUACUUCAGUUGUUUCAAAAGACAGACAUAUUGCAGUCACAAAGGUCACAAUGUCUACCAUGUAUCACGUUGCAUUUGCAUAUCUGUAUUCCCAUACAGUCUUCCAAGUCCCAAUACUGAUGUACACUCAUGUGAAGUAAAUAAACGUUAACGUUGUA